AUGAUUGCCAACGGCUUGAGCAAGGAUUUCCCGGCGGCGGCGGAUGCAGAGGGGAUCUGCCGCCUGCGGAGCAGGAUUUCGGAUAUCGGCGGCGGCGUGGGGCGGAGAUCGAGGAGCCUCCGCCGCAGGAGGCUGGAGCUACGGCGGAUGAAUUCCUUCUCGAGGGAGAAAUCCGCCGCGGACGGUUCCGGCGGGUCUAGGAAGAGGAGAUCCGAGAAUAAAUCGGCCGGGGACGGGCGGAUCGGCGGAUCUGGGUACGGGGUGGCGUCGCUGGUCGGGCGGCGGAAGCAGAUGGAGGACGCGUUAGCGGCGGAGCUUGGCUGCCUGAGGAGGGGCGGGCGGAGCUACGACUUCUACGGGGUGUACGACGGCCACGGUGGGCGGCGCGUGGCGGAGGCGUGCGCGGAGAUGAUGCACGGGAUGGUGGCGGGGGAGGGCGGCGGCGGGGAGGCGUGGGAGGGGGCGAUGGCGGCGGCGUUCAGGCGGAUGGACGAGGAGGUUAACGCGCGGUGGGGGAGGGCGGUUUCGGCGACCGGGUCGACGGCGGUAGUGGCGGUGGUGGGGGAGGAGGAGGUGGUGGUGGCGAACUGCGGGGACUCGAGGGCGGUGCUCUGCCGCGGCGGCGCUGCCGUGCAGCUGUCAGAGGAUCACAAGCCUGAUAGAGCAGAUGAAGUGGAGAGAAUUGAAGGGUGUGGAGGGAUGGUGAUUAACUGGAAUGGAGCUAGGGUUAUAGGUGUUCUUGCUACUUCAAGAUCUAUAGGCGAUUACUAUCUGAAACCGUACGUGAUCCCUGACCCAGAAGUACAAGUCAUCAGCCGAACAAGCUCUGACGAGUUCCUAAUACUCGCUAGUGACGGGCUUUGGGACGUCGUUACCAACGAGCUGGCGUGCCAGGUCACAAAACGGUGUUUGGCCGGUCGGGUGAUGAGGGGUUCCCUCUUCUCGAGGCCAGGCAAUGAUGGUCGAGACAACCAUGAUGACAAGGACAUGCCGGAGGGUAAAACGGUCAAAAAUCGAUUCGAAGAGUCUGCAGACAACCAUGAUGACAAGGACAGGUCGGAGGUUAAAAAGGUUGAAAACCGAUUUGAAGAGGCUGCAGCCGUGCUAGCUGAGUUGGCUAUUGCCAAAGGCAGUGGCGACAAUGUAAGUGUUGUUGUGGUGGGUUUAAGGUAG